UUGGCAUAUUUUUUUCUAUAACGAAAGGAAACUAGAUAUAGGACUUCUCCAACACGCGCAGGAAUUUAUCACGGUCAAGAUGGAGGCGAUAGCGAAACAUGACUUCAGAGCAACUGCUGAUGAUGAAUUAAGCUUUUCCAAAAAUAAUAUUUUGAAGAUUCUAAGUAUGGAUGAUGACCAGAAUUGGUUCAAAGCAGAGCUAGAUGGUAAAGAGGGAUAUGUACCAAAUAACUAUAUAGAAAUGAAACCUCAUCCGUGGUUUGCUGGGAAAAUUCCUCGAUUAGAAGCAGAAAGGCGAUUAUUAGAGAAAGAUGGUAGAGGAAACUUCAUACAUCCAGACGGGGCAUUUCUGCUGAGGAAUAGCGAGAGUGCUCCAGGAGAGUUCUCAAUAUCAGUAAAGUUUCAAGAAAAUAUCCAGCAUUUUAAAGUAUUAAGGGAUGGAGCAGGCAAAUAUUUCCUAUGGGUUGUCAAGUUCAACUCUAUAAACGAACUGAUCGAAUAUCAUCGGAUGUCAUCUGUCAAUCGUGGACAGACCAUUGUACUCAAAGAUAUGGCGACUAACAGGAAAAAGCGAGCAACAGCCCAGUAUGAAUUCAAAGCCGAGACAGAAGAGGAGCUGGGAUUCUGUAAAGGUGAUGUAGUCACAAUUCUAGAGGAAGUGGACAGCAAUUGGUGGAAAGGCGAGCUACACGGUCAAGAGGGCCUGUUCCCCGCUGCAUACGUCCGUGUUCUUGACAGCUAAAGUCCCCCCACCCCCCUCCAUAAUCAUGUACUGACUCUUGCAUGUGGAAAAAUCAGCUUGAAAUAAUCGUUUGUAAUAUCGUCAUUUUGUAAGGACAAGCCGCUUUCCCCAUCUCUUCUGGAUGGAUAACCAUUGGUCCAAAAUGUCGACAUAUGUGAUAAAUAUUGGGGCUCCUGGAAAAUCUACUUCUGUCAGCCAUAGUGUGUCAGCCUUAUUGCAUCUUAAGAUCAUGAAUAUCAGGCUUUUUUUUCCCAUUAUGUUGAAAGUCUCAGAAAAGGAUCUUCUUUCCAAUCAACUUAUUUUUUCUCUUAAGAGAUCAAAUGAGUACAAAUGUAUUUGUAUAAAUUUCAUUUUUCAUAGAUACUCAUUGUACAUACAUUAACAUUCUUAGCAGUAUAUGUUGCUUAAUUCAUUAUUUUGAAGAUUGUAAGAAAACUCUUUUUGUAAUUAAUGAAUUAUGGAAAUAGGACAGAUUUAAUUGGAUCUCUCCUUGAUUCUUCUGCUGAAGUAGGAACCAGAAAGUCAGAGACUUGCAUUGUUUUAGAUUUAGUAAGAGAUUGGGGCCAGUGUAGAAUCAGAUGUUAAUUUAUAAUAGUGAAAUGGACAGAUCUGAUCAUUUUAGAAUGAGGUAUUUUUUUGUACAGCUGAUUAAAAAAAAAUGAAAAAUUUUCCUCUAGAAUCAAAUAGUAUAUAAGUUCUCUUUGGCUAUAUGAAAUAUGCUUUUAAUUUUUAUUUAAGAUAUUCCAUGCUUAAUAAUGCCUCCCCUUCCCUUUUUGUCACUAAAUAUCAAAUGUUCCACAUAUAUUUUUUUAAUGCAUACAAAUAGUAGCUAUGUGUUUUGAGAAGGGUAGCUUGCAUAAUGACUGGCCAGGUGUGCAUAGAUUGUUCUCUAUACAGUUCAAGUAACCAUUUAAUUUUUAGUCUUAGCUAGCAGGGACUUACUUAAAAGAGAGCUUAAAAUCUCUCACUGGUUAUUUUGACAUGUUUAUGUUGCUGUUGAUAUAUGGAUAUAUAUAUUUAUAUACUAUAAAUACCUUUAUGAUCUUGUUACUCUAAUUUCACUUUUGAUAUCCAACAUAAAUGCACUUGGCAUCAAGCUGAUUAAGAGACUAGAGCCUCCUCUUUCUACAGGUUUGUUUUAUAUAAUUGUUUGUUUGUUUGAUAAUAUUUGUUUCUUAGAUGAAGAUGAUGCUCUAAAUUUUCUGUGCUGUUCCUCCAAGUACUUCCUUCAAUAUGCUGGUCAUGACUUUUGUGCUCUGUAUAAAAGUGAUUUAUCUCGAAAUUGGCACUGGUGAUAUAUCACUUAGUUUCUGAGAAACAAUAUAUCCUCUGCCAUGUUUUAUAAAAUGUUAACAAAAAUUGUCAAGAAUGUCAUUCAAUAAAUUUUAGCAAUUUUUAA